UAAUUGAAUCGGUCACCCAAAUUUAAGGAGGCGGGAAAAUUCAUCUGAACCCUUUUCAACUCCCAGCAGCGUUGCUCUCUCUCUCCCUUCACACAAAGUCGAAGGAGAGAUGGAGAGGAUACACGUCUCAGUGAGAGCUAGGCCCCUCUCUGCCGAAGACGCCAAGGCCAGCCCUUGGCGCAUUUCCGGGAAUUCCAUUUACAUACCCAACCAACCCACCACCAAAUUCGAUUUUGAUCAAAUUUUUGGUGAAGAUUGCAGAACUCGAGACGUUUACAAUGCUAGGACAAGAGAUAUUGUAGCAGCGGCAGUUCGUGGUUUCAAUGGGACUGUUUUUGCAUAUGGGCAAACUAGUAGUGGAAAAACGCAUACGAUGCGUGGAUCAAAGUCGGAGCCCGGAGUAAUCCCCUUAGCUAUCCGCGAUCUAUUUUGCAUUAUACAACAGGAAAUGGAUAGAGAGUUUCUUUUGCGGAUGUCGUACUUGGAAAUUUACAACGAGGAGAUAAAUGACUUGUUAGCCCCUGAACAUAGAAGACUGCAGAUUCAUGAGAGUAUUGAGCGAGGCAUCUUUGUUGCUGGUUUAAGAGAAGAAAUUGUGGCUUCUGCCGAGCAUAUCCUUGAACUUAUGGAGUUCGGAGAAUCUCAUCGUCAUGUUGGAGAGACGAAUAUGAAUACCUACAGUAGUAGGUCGCACACAAUAUUCCGCAUGAUUAUUGAGAGCAGGCAGACAACCGAUGACUCCGGAGCAGAACUCCCAUGUGAUGCAGUUCGUGUCUCUGUCUUGAAUUUGGUGGAUCUUGCUGGUUCAGAACGUGCUGCAAAGACUGGAGCAGAAGGUGUACGCUUAAAGGAGGGCUCCCACAUCAAUAAAAGCCUGAUGAUUUUAGGAACUGUAAUUAAAAAAUUGAGUGAAGGCACUGAGAGCCAAGGAGGACAUGUCCCAUAUCGAGACAGCAAACUUACACGUAUUCUGCAACCCGCAUUGGGUGGAAAUUCGAAUACCGGUAUCAUAUGCAAUAUUACACUUGCACAGAUUCAUGCUGAUGAGACUAAAAGUAGUCUUCAAUUUGCUAGCAGAGCACUGCAUGUGACAAAUUGUGCCCAUGUAAAUGAGAUAUUGACUGAUGCUGCAUUGCUUAAACGUCAGAAAAAAGAGAUAGAGGAACUUAGAGCAAAACUGCAGGGUUUACACUCAGAACAUCUUGAAGAGGAGAUUCUGAACCUGCGGAAUACUUUGCUAAAGAGUGAAUUGGAGAGAGAGAGAAUGGCUUUAGAGCUGGAGGAAGAGAAGAGAGCUCAGGCUGAACAAGAGAAGAGGUUGCAAGAGCAAGCCAAGAAAAUUGAAAACUUAAGUUCUAUGGUAUUUUGUGCUAAUAGGGAAGAGGCUGGUGAUUUCUACAAGAAGGUAAAAAGGCGUGAUACCUGGUGCCCUGGAAAUCUUGGUAAAGAGAAACCAAAGAAGUUGUCCUUGGUCAAAGAGAAAACUUCUGAAGUUAAGUCAAGAAGAGAAGAUCGGAUUGCGGGACCACUUCUUCCUUUCGACGAGUUGGUCGAUGGAGCAAGUACUACUGAUUUCUGUUUACAAGAUGAGGAAUGUAAUAGGGUUGUUUCUGAAGACUGCUUUCUUCCUGCACCCCAAGCUCUGCUGCAUGUUACCAGUCGGAAAAAAGUUCCACCCAGAAAAAGAAGUUUGCCUAUGGAGAGCAAUGGCUUGGCUGAACUGCAAACAGAAUAUGAAAAAUUGUUCUUAGAACUCGAAACUCAUAGGACAAUGAGUACAAUCCAGAUAGAAUGCUUGAUGGCGAAGCUUGCUAAGGUUGGUUCGGCUAAUCUUUGCGGGAAUUGCAGGGACUGCUCUGCUCAGAUUACCAGCUCUGUAUCUAAUAUAGAUGGUAAUAAAUCUUUGAAGGAUUCGGAUACCAUUCUAGUGAUAAAGAAGCUACAGGAAAAGAUCACUAUAUUAGAGAUGGAAAAGUCCUCAAGCCUGCAAAAUUUUAAUAAUGUAUAUGACCUGGCAACCGAGCAGACUAUAGCGGCGCAGGAGAAAUAUGAAAAGGCUACGAAGGAACUUAUGCUUGCACGCGACGAAGCAACUGUAGCUCGUGACAAACUUGCUUCAGCAGAGUCUAGCCUGGAAGAAUCUGAUUGGUUGAGUAGCCUAUUAACAGAAGCACAGGAAAUAAAGCUGGAAUUUGAGAAUUCAAGAAAUCUUACAGAGUCUCUUUCUUCAGUUGUAGAUGAACUUCUCAAUCUUUCAACUCAGAUACCAAACCUGAUUUCUGAUCUUAGACCAUCAGUUUCCCAAAGUUUAGUUCAACUUGAAUCAACAGUUCGGAGCCACGAGAAGGUAGAGUCCUGCUUGAGGAACAAAAUUCUGGAGCUUGAGGAUGAGAAGCUUGCCCUUCACAACCUGGCUUCAGAGCAUGCUAGUAGGAUUGAACUUCAUGAAAAACAUGAAGCUGAGGACUCGGAACUUCUUUGUCAAAUUCAAUUGCUUCAGAAGGAGAUUUCAUCUCUGUCAUCAUGUUCCAUGGCAAAGGAAAAGGAAAGUCUAAGAAAGGAAUUGGAGAAAACAAAAACUAAGUUAAAAGAUGUGGAGUCCAAACUGAAGAAUGCUGUACAGGAGAAAACAAAGCUUGAGGGCGAGAAGUCAUGUGCAGAGAGAGAACUGAAGAGACUUCAAGGCCAGAAGGCUAUGCUCGAACGUGACAUGAGCAAACGUGAAUCUAAUAUUGGAAGAAGGCGUGAUUCAGCUAUUGAUAGAAGCUCAACUGUUUUUGAUCAGAAACGGUCCAAGGGUUCUUUGCCUGACCUUGAGCAAUUCAAAAAUCUGGAAGUGCUUGCUUUUGAGAUGGAGGCACAAAUUGCAUCUUUAGAUGAACAACUGGCUAUUGCAAAUGAGGAAAAGGACAUAACCACCUCCAGAGCUGAAAGUUUGGCUUCUGAUUUGGAGGUGUUGUCCAAUGAGUUGCAGCUGUCAAAUUCAGAGUUGGGAAAACUAGAGGAAGAAGUUUCACAACUUAGAACAAGUUUGGAAGAAUCUAGAUUUCAAGCAAGGGAAAUGGAGACUACUAUCGGAUCUCUGUCGGAAGAGAGGGAGGAGUUGUCAAUGCAACUCACUGAAGCACUCUUGUCCAUGGAGGAGGAUAAAGCCAUAUGGCUGUCCAAAGAGAGAGCUGCCAUGGAAUCCAUUGAAGAAAAGGAAAAACUAUAUACGGUAGAAAUAGAUUCAGUUUCUGAGAAAUUGGCAGAGGUAAGGAAUGAGCUGGAGAUAUGUCGACAAAACUGCAAGGAUCUCGAGGUGAAACGGGAGAACCUCUGCACAAAAGAAGAACAAGCUAUUGCUUCUGUUAGUCAGAGCAAUGGAUCUCCAGAGAAAAGCCAAGAGUUACAUGAAAAGGUGGAAAUUUUACAGCUGGAAUUGAGUGUUCUCAGAGAUGAAAGGCAAUCUUUGCUGGCCCAAGUCCAAGAACUGGAAACAAGGCAACCUAUUGCUUUUGAUGAUUCUCAGGUAUUAAAGUUAAAACAUGAAUUAGAGCAGCAGAGCAGUAGUCUUGCUAGUAUGGAAGACCAGAUGCACAAUGAUAGAGUGGGCAACGACUUGGCGAGGGCUAAACUGAGGAUGAGACUCCGAGGAACUCAGGCGAAACUGGAUGCUCUUCGUGUCAGAUACCAGGAGUUAACAAGUGAGAUGGACUUCAUGAACCAGAGAUAUGAAGAGGCUUCAAAAAAGCUGAAGAAUCAAUUAUCUCAAUAUGGUAAAGAACUCUUGUAUGUCAAGAAACAGCUUGCACUCACCAAAGGUCAGUAAUAAAACUCAUUACUGAAGAUUCUUAUUCUAUGAAGAAAAUUCUGAGAAGUAAUUUAACCAACUUUGUCGUGUCAUUUUGUAAUCUAUAUAGUGCUAGAAAUGAGGAAUAUUUUUGAAAGACGUGAAAUUAGGUAAUAUUCACCUGUAAGCCAAGUUUUUUUAUUCAUAUAUGUCAAUAAACGAUUUAGGAAUAUAAGAUCCAAUUCCUAUUAUUUUUUUAA